UCAGGUGCUAAGAAGGUAAAACUCAACCAUUUGAGAACUCGGCGAUAGAAGUAUUCUGAACAAGUUCAAAAUCAAACGAUAUUUGUACUAUUUCUCCGGAAUAUGAGUCCUACUCUCUCCAAGCGUAUUAAUGGAAAGCUCGCUAGCUUGACUCCAACUGCUCCUGGGUGUUGUAUAUUCAAAUUGCAUCGCCAUUUACGCAAUGUAAAUGACAAGGCUUAUGAACCCUUGAUGCUUGCCAUCGGUCCUUAUAACCAUGGCAAGGAUGGGCUUGGACUUAUGGAAGAGCAUAAAUGGCGGUAUCUACAGCAAAAGCUUCAAAGGAGAAAUGAACAGAGUCUAGAUACAUACAUCAUGGCAUUGAGAGAACUAGAAGAGAGUGCCCGUAAAUGUUAUGCAGAAUGCAUUAGCCAGACCAAAGAUGAGUUUGUAGAAAUGAUGUUACUUGAUGGCUGCUUUAUCAUUGAGCUACUCUGCAAAUCGUGUGGGAAGGUUCGAAAAGAAGGACGUGAUCCAAUUUUCGAUAUGGAUUGGAUGUUCGAUAGCAUAGUGCGUGAUCUACUGUUAUUUGAAAAUCAACUUCCAUUCUUUGUUCUUACUAAAUUGUUUGAGAUGAGCGAAUUUGGAGGAGACAGCAUCGAACUUGUUCGUCUUGCCAUUGGGUUUCUCUCUUCGCAAAGUCUAUUUGGACAGACUAUCAAUGGUCCAAGUAAAGAAGCAAUGGUAGGUAAGUACGUAAAUGGCGCUGUACACAUAUUGCAGAACAGAAACUCCGCAACACAUCUACUUGAUCUAAUGCAUUCAGGUAUUAGCUUUUCAGUACUUAAUAUGGAAAAAAAUCAUGCCAGAGUACGUCAAGAGGCUGGAGUGAAGUUCAAGAAGCUUUCGGAGACAUUUAAGCAUCUGUCUGAUUCGAUAUGUAAAGCUGCCAAUCUUGUAGGUUUCACAAAGCUUUCCAAGGGGGCAGAGAUUGGAGAUGAUUGGACGUUAAUACAUAGUGCCAUUGAGCUUCAUGAGGCUGGAGUUAAAUUCCACAAGGCAGAGCAAGGUAACAUAUUUGGCAUAAAGUUCAACAACGGGGUAUUGGACGUUUCGCCUUUGACAAUAGAUGAUAAUACAGAGACAAACUUACGAAAUCUAAUUGCAUUCGAGCAAUAUAGUCAAGACAAGGAUUCCCAUUACGCCACCGACUAUAUGUGCUUCCUGGAUGAUCUCAUUAACUCUCCAAAGGAUGUUGAAUUUCUCCGUCGAAGAGGAAUUAUCAAAAACCUUUUAGGUGAUGAUGAAGUUACUUCCACCAUGGUUAACAAGCUUGGUCACAAUGUCCAUCUUCCAUCCAGGUCUCCCAUUUAUGCUAAAAUUACUGACGAUUUGAAGAAGCAUUGCAGUAGACGUCGGAAUGUAUGGAUGGCAAAACUGCGGCAUGAUUAUUUCAACGGUCCUUGGAGUCUUCUUUCAUUUCUUGCGGCCGUCUUUUUGAUUUUGCUUGCAAUUACACAAACCACAUUUACCAUGAUUAAUUAG